AGGUGCCUUGAUGGAUUAUACACUUGAGCCCAACGUGACAACAGUGACUGACUACUACUAUCCUGACAUCAUCUCAAGCCCCUGCGAUGGGGAACUUACCCAGAGAGAGAAGUUACUUCUCGCCAUCUUAUAUUGCCUCCUGUUUAUAUUUGGUCUUCUGGGAAACAGCCUGGUCAUCCUCGUCCUUGUGGCCUGCAAGAAGCUGAGCAGCAUCACAGAUGUAUACCUCUUGAACCUGGCCCUGUCUGACUUGCUUUUUGUCUUCUCCUUUCCCUUUCAGACCCACUAUCAGCUGGAUCAGUGGGUGUUUGGGACUGUCAUGUGCAAGGUGGUCUCUGGCUUUUAUUACAUUGGCUUCUUCAGCAGCAUGUUCUUCAUCACUCUCAUGAGCGUGGACAGGUACCUGGCUAUUGUCCAUGCCGUGUAUGCCAUAAAAGUGAGGACAGCCAGGAUAGGUACAGUCCUGAGCCUGGCAGUAUGGCUGACUGCCAUUUUGGCCACCAGUCCAUUAAUAGUAUUUUACCAAGUGGCCUCCGAUGAUGGCGUUCUCCAGUGUUAUUCAUUUUACAAUCAACAGACUUUGAAGUGGAAGAUCUUCAUCCACUUUGAAAUGAACAUCUUGGGUCUGUUGAUCCCAUUUACUAUCCUUAUGUUCUGCUACAUUAGCAUCCUGCACCAGCUGAAGAGGUGCCAAAACCACAACAAGACCAAGGCCAUCAAGUUGGUGCUCAUUGUGGUCAUUACAUCUUUACUCUUCUGGGUCCCAUUCAACAUGGCCAUCUUCCUCACUUCCCUGCACGACAUGCACGUCUUGGAUGGAUGUGUCAUGAGCCAGCAGCUGAUCUAUGCCACCCAUGUCACGGAAACCAUUUCCUUCACUCACUGCUGUGUGAAUCCUAUUAUCUAUGCUUUCAUGGGUGAGAAGUUCAAGAAAUACCUCUCAGAAAUGUUUCGGAAAAGUUGCAGUCACAUCUUUCUCUACAUGGGAAGACAAAUGCCCAGGGAAGGCUGGGAGAGGUCAUCAUCCUUCCAGCAGCAUGCCUCUCGCUCCUCCAGCGUAGACUACAUUUUGUGAAGAUCAAUGAAGAGUAAAAUAUAAAAACACUUUCUUGAACAGCAUGCUGGU